UUGGUGUAUUGUGCUGGGUCAUAUGCGGUGUUUGCCCAGCUAAACCCCUCAUCCUCUCCCCCGCCAAGGCUCUUGCUUUCUGAGCUUAAACCCCAUUCUCCGACAACCCGAUAAAGAUUCCGAAUUUCCUGGAAAAGUGGUCGCCUGAUUUUGUUUUCUGCGUUUAAUCUCUCGUCGGCUUCAUGGGUUUGAAGGCUUAAGUUUUGGUAUAGCUUGUUUUGGGAAGAAGUCUCGCAAUAGUUCAUGGCGUCUCUCUCUUUCACGCAGUUUCUCUCCCUGACCAGAUGCAGUUCCGAUGUCUCUUAUAUCCGGACACCGGAUUUUGUUCAGCUUCGAGGUUUAAAUUGCAAUGGUAAGCCGAGUUUUACGGUUUCUGCCCGGAGAAAGAUUUCAGAGUCGGCACCUCUGGUUGAUGAAGAAGAUGGAAAUGGAGCUGUUGGGAGAAAGACCCCAUCUAGAAGUUCUAGGAGUGGAGCUGCUCGAACGAGGAAGAAGACAGUGGUUGAUGAUGAAUUAGAGGAAAGUUCUGAACUUUGUGUGGAUGAGGAUGCCUCAGAAGAGGAAAAUGCUGUCUCAGCUUCGACUACACAGCCACGGAGAACUAGAAGGAAAGCUUUAGCAUCUUCUUCUGAUGUGGAUGAAGCGAAAACCGAGAAGAAAGUUAGGAGAAGGAGGGCUGCUAAAAAGGACAAAGAUAUUGAUAAUGCAUCUGAAGUUAGUGACCUCGAGGAGCCCCCGACAAUUGAAAAUGUGGAUGCCGAGAGUGAAGAAGACAUUGAUCUGGACAAAUAUGAGAGUGAAGAUAUUAGUUAUACAUAUGGAUGGCCUCCACUGGUUUGUUGCUUUGGAUCUGCACAACAUGCUUUUGUACCCUCGGGGAGGAGGGCAAACAGACUUUUGGAUUAUGAAUUACAUGAUCGAAUGAGAGAUGCAUUCUGGGCUCCGGAAAAGUUUAUCCGGGCACCCGGGGGAUGUGCAGGAGGUGUUGCUAUUGCUCUUGCAAGUUUGGGUGGUAAGGUUGCAUUUAUGGGCAAACUCGGGGAUGAUGAUUAUGGUCGGGCGAUGUUGUAUUAUCUGAAUGUCUGUAAUGUUCAGACACGAUCAGUUCGCAUUGAUGGUAAAAAACCUACGGCAUGUUCUACGAUGAAGCUCAGCAAGAGAGGUCGCUUGAAAACAACGUGUGUUAAAUCUUGUGCCGAGGAUUCUCUCUCAAAUUCGGAGAUUAACAUUGAUGUUCUGAAAGAGGCUAAAAUGUUCUACUUCAGCACACAUUCUCUGCUUGAUAGAAAGAUGAGGUCUACUACAUUACAAGCCAUCAAGAUAUCAAAGAAACUAGGCAGUGUUAUCUUCUAUGACGUGAACCUGCCCUUGCCGUUAUGGCAGUCCCACGAAGAAACCAAGGCAUUCAUACAAGAAGUGUGGGAUCUUGCAGAUAUCAUCGAGAUCACAAAACAAGAACUUGAAUUCUUAUGUGGAAUCAACCCAGCCGAAGAGUUUGAUACAAAGAACAACAACAGUAACAAGUUUGUCCACUAUGGUCCAGAAAUUGUGGAACCACUUUGGCAUGAGAACCUCAAGGUUUUGUUUGUGACAAAUGGCACUUCUAAGAUACAUUACUACACGAAAGAUCACGACGGUGCAGUUCUUGGAAUGGAAGAUGCACCUAUCACACCUUUUACAGGUGAUAUGUCAGCAUCUGGAGAUGGCAUCGUUGCAGGUCUAAUGAGAAUGCUGACAGUUCAGCCCGAUCUCAUAACCGAUAAAGGAUACUUGGAACGGAUGUUAAGGUAUGCAAUUGAGUGCGGGGUUGUAGAUCAAUGGCUGCUGGCACAAACACGGGGAUUUCCUGCUAAGGGAGAGAUGGAAGACGAUGAAGAUGAAGACGAAGAUGGAGAUGAAACUGAUCCGGAUGGAAUUAGGUCAGUUACCGAAAAGGAGUAUAGAACCUUAGAGUAUGCUGAUGAGGAAGAUGACCCAUAUGCUAUGAAACCAAUAGCAGAAAGGGUAUACAGGACCUUAGAGCCUGUUGGUUCAGUGAGUGAUGACAAUACAUCUUGAUUUCAAAUUGAGUGUCCAAAUUUAGGAUUAUUAUUAAAUUCCCCUUGUUUGUUAGCAUCUCCUAGCAGUGGUAUUGCCAUUGUCUUUUUCAUUUAUCUUGCCAAAACAGGUAGCAAGCUUGUUCUGUAAUAGAAGCAAGAACCUUGGAGUUCAUAUAUGAGCAUGGAUAAUGCCUGAAAAAGGCCAUGUUUUA